GAUGACUCUCUGGCCUGGUUAACUUAUAAUUUCUGCAUACGAGCUCGCUGCUUCCUCAUUUCUGAAUUUCAUGUGUUUGUCGGGACAACGCAGUGCAGAAUACGUGGACUUCAAAAUUACAAGUGUAUCCCUUUAAAGUUAGUGGAGAAUGGAUUCAUUAUGCAUCGUAUGUUUAUUCAGCUCUGCGAAUAAAUGAGGCAGGAAUAUCUGAUCGUUUAUUGCAGCCACGACAUACACCCUACAUAAUGGCAGCUUUGCAGAAAAGGAUAAAUAGUCCGCCUAUCAUCGCUUUCUAAUCAGUAAUACCGUUCAAAACUAUUAAGUCGGCGUGAAUGUUUUCAGAUCGGGGCCCAAUGAAGACGCUGAACAUGUGUGAAGCAGGAAGGGGCGCGAAGCGGCGCUGACGCUCCCGCGGACGAAGUGCAAAGCAGCCGCCCGGACUCCGCCGUCGCCGGCCGACCGAGCGCAGCCCCGCCGCUGACGCCAGUUAAUAAGAAGCGGAGGAGCUGGAGGAAAGCCAAGGCAGUGACGAUGGCCGAGUGCCCGAGUGCGUCUCAGCUCAGGUGCGGGGUCUGCCAGCGGCCCCCCAACGUGCCUGUCAUGCUGUCCUGCUGGCACCCCUUCUGCCUGGGCUGCAUCGAGCGCGUGUGGUGCCAGGUGCCCAGACUGGACCACGGCUGCCCGCUGUGCCUGAAUGUCCCUCUGCCCCCCAGCACCUCAUCACCAGUGGCUUCCCCCUCCGGCGUCCUCUGCGAUUUUUGCCUGGGCGAUCGGCCCGCAGCAUCAAAGACCUGCCUGACCUGCCUGGCCUCCUUCUGUGAGGAGCACCUGCAGCCACACCUCUCGUCGGAGAUGUUCCGCGGGCACCGCCUGGCCGAGCCCAGCGCCGACCUGAGUGCCCGGUGCUGUGCGGAGCACGGCAAGGCGCUGGAGAUGUUCUGCCGCGACUGCCGGAUGUGCGUGUGCAGCAUGUGCCCGGUCCUGGGCCGGCACCAGGGCCACCGCGUCAAACUCGUGGACCAAGAGGCUGUAGAGAAACGGAAUCUACUUAAGAUUUGCCAGAACAGGCUGAGCUGCAAGACCAAACAGGAAGAGGCCAAUAUUAAGCAGAUCCAGAAGGCCUCGGAGGAGCUGAAGGUCUCGGCUAGGCACUGCAGCUCCUGGCUGACGCAGCAGUUCACCGAAAUGCGCCUCCUGCUGGACGAGGAGGAGAAGGCGGCCAAGGAGCUGGUGGAGACCCAGAGCCAGGCCGUGCUGCAGGUGUACGGGGAGCAGGUGCAGGGCUGCCGGCAGCGAAUCCAGACCUCCUACGAGUUUGCUCUGCGCGUUGAUGAGAUCUACAAGGAGGAUGAUGCCGUACAGCUAUUAAAGGGUUUCACCGCAGCAGAGGCAGACAUGCAGCUCCACCAGCAGCCCCCCGACCAGAUUCACCCGGUGCCUCUGAACUUUGACCCUUUGCACACUUACGUUGGCUGCUUCCACAAAGCCCUGAAGACCAUCCUGAGGAAGCCAGUGGAGCAGCGCGUCACGAAGGGGCUGAGCAGUGGGCCGGACGCCAAGCAGGUGCAGACGCUGAUUCACAGGACGAAGAGCACCGGGGAUAAGCUGGCCUUCCUGCGAUAUGCACGAUCACCAAUCCUGGAUGCGGACACGGCGCACCCCCGCCUGCGUGUCUCUCCGACCUGGGAGACCGUCAGCAAGGCCUGGAUGAGACGCUCCUGCUCGGACGGACCCCAGCGCUUCGACCGCCUGCUGCAGAUGCUGGCUCGGGAGUCCUACUUCGCCGGGCGCCAUUACUGGGAGGUGGACGUUCGGCUGGCCGGCCAGGGCUGGUGGGUGGGCGUGGCCUAUCGCUCCAUGGUGCGCAGAGGUGACUCUGAAUCUUCACGCCUGGGCUGUAACGCCUCUUCCUGGUGUCUGAAACGCUUCGACCUGGAGUACUGGGCCUUCCACAACAGCACACGAGAGCCUGUGUUCCUGGAGCAGGAUCCGGAACGCUUGGGCGUCUUCCUGGACUAUGAGGCAGGGACACUUAGCUUCUAUGACGCGCUGUCUGGGAUGAGGCACCUACACACCUUCCAGGCAAGGUUCACGGAGCCACUGUACCCCGCCCUGCGUCUGUGGGAGGGGCCCAUCUCACUCUGCAAACUGACGUGAUAACUGGGGGGGGCUUCUUCCAGAAGCUCAGGGCUGUGAGCUCAGCAUCUUUUAACAAGCGACAAACCGUACUGCACACUGGAGCCCUGCGACAUAUUUAAGCUUCUCCACUAGAGGGCACCGACAAGCAUUAUCCACACAUUUAAACAGGACACCAUAUAAAUUACGAUACUCAAUAUUUCUGCAUAGCUGUGUUGAACAGUAAUUAACUACUCUGUAAAAAAAAACUGGAAUAAUAUCGUUUUCAAGGAUGUAUUCUUGUUCCCCACAUAGUAGGAAACAAUUAUGCGUUCAAAUAAGCAUGAUUGAUAUGUCAGUAUCCUAUAGUGCAAAAGCCUGAAUACACGGACUGAAUUAUGGAAUAUGAGGAACAUCAGAAUAACUGACGAGUCACUUUUAGCAGUUAAAAAUAACCUGUCCACUGUGCAUAUUGAUUCACCGAAUGACACAUAGAUGUUUCCUGCUUCCUAUUUAACCUGAUCUUAAAUGUGUUUUCGCAUAACAUAUUUUAAAUAAAUCAAACUCAGUCCUCCGAAAGUGGACCACACUGCGUUCUUUUGAAAGAAGACUCAUUUCACUCUCAGGUCCACUUCAGUUCUUUCUGCGCACACUAUCGAUACCAGCAGCCACUGGUGCCACUGUCUUGGAGCACUGCAGUGCAAUAGCAUGUGAUCUGUCUACGGCAAGCCUAGAGGGCUAAAAUACAUGGCAAAAGGAGAAGGCAACCUGGAGCGCUUUGUGUUCUCAAUGUACAGGUUAAGUGACCCACAAUGCAGACUUGAAGCUCGGGUUGUUUCAGAGGUUCGUUUGGAGUCUUUACAUAUGCAUACGGUCGCUAUUGCAAAAUAACGCAACUUGCACAUCUACUAACUCCAGUUUGCUUAACACUAUUUCUGUCAAUUUCUUUCCUAAAAUGAACUUUUCAAAGUGUGUGUGCAAUGUUUUUAUAAAAUGAUUAAUAAAACUGUUCUGUUCUUUUCA